GGCGGGCGGGCGGCGGCCGCGGCGCUGCCCCCGCGCUGCGGGAGGCGGGGAACGAGCGAGCGGCCACCGCCAUGGGAGCGGAGCAGAGCGCCGAGGCCGAGAGCCGCCCGGGCGAGCCCAGCGCCGCAGCCAAGCAACGCGCGAAAAUGGACGACAUUGUGGUGGUAGCCCCAGGAACACAAUCCUCACGGAACGUCAGCAAUGAUCCAGAUGUCAUAAAACUGCAGGAAAUUCCAACUUUCCAGCCCCUUUUGAAAGGGCUCCUCAGUGGGCAGACCUCUCCGACCAACACCAAGCUGGAGAAGCUGGACCCCCAGCAGGUGCUGCAGCUGUGUCUGCGGUACCAGGAUCACCUCCACCAGUGCGCAGAGGCCGUGGCCUUCGAUCAGAACGCGCUGGUGAAGCGCAUCAAGGAGACUUAUCAAGUGACUGAUGUUUUAACUUCCCUACAAACUCUUGGUGAGCUUCAGUCCCUGAUACCCUUCCAUUUGUCUGAGGUCAGCUCCAGCUUCUUCCUGCGUUCCUCGCCCGUGAGUGGACGUUACACAUAUUUACACAAGGAGCCUAAAAAGUCAGCAGAUGGAAGUUAUUGGAAUGGAGGAAAAAGGGGGCCUUUGGUGUUUUUUGUUGGAAAGCUUGAUGGACCUCUCUGUGGAAACUCUUUACAGCUUCAUGCAGGAGCGCCAGAAGAAGUAUGCCAAGUACGCGGAGCAGAUCCAGAAGGUGAACGAGAUGUCUGCCAUCCUUCGCCGUAUCCAGAUGGGCAUCGACCAGACGGUGCCGCUGAUGGAGCGGCUGAACAGCAUGCUCCCCGAGGGAGAGAGGCUGGAGCCCUUCAGCAUGAAACCUGACCGGGAGCUCAAGUCCUAGCUGACCCGGCAGGCUGCCCCUCCUCACCUUCCACGCUCCGGCGUUCAGCACAGACACGCUUCCAACAGGCUGGACUGGCAGAUGUUUGAAGCGGACGGCAGCGCUGCCUGACUCUGCCAGGGCGUCGGAGCGAGAACGGCAUCGGCUGCCAGAACUGCACGGCCAGGAAUCCAGGAGCUCCCCUGUCCUGUCGUCUGGAGAAGAUGAUUUACAUUUCUCUCAUCUCCCUCCUCCUGCCCUCCUGUCUCCCUUAGCACUACCGCCGCCUGUGCAGAGACAUUUGUUUCAUUGCUGUUGGGGUUUACAGAGGAGGAAUUUUCUUUCAUCUGAAUUUUUGUUUUUUUACUAAAAAAAUUCAAAGGGAUACAGGGUGUGACGAACCUUCUAACGUGAUUUUUGUGCCACUGGGGUUCAGACGAUCAGAUGACUGGAAGGUAUUUCUGGCAUCCCCUGGCCUUGGAAAUGUGUGUGUUUUAUAGGUGAAAGUGUGAGAGCCAGGAACUGGCUUAUUAAAAUCUGCCUAUUAUCAUAAUUAACAUGGUUUGCAUUGCAGGGGUUUGGCAUGUCCUUGAGGCUCCUGUUUCUAUGGGCUCACUAAUUUAUGAGCCUGUAAAGGAAUAACUGUUCUAGAUAUGUAUGUCUGUUAAUGUUAAGCAAGCUUUAGUGUCCCUCUCCCCCUUGCCCUGGCAAUGUCCCCAUGCCCCAGCUGGUGGCAUUUCCUGUUCUUCUGACAGGCACUGGUACCAACCUGCUCACUUUCCAUCCCAAAGUUGGACACGAGGUGUCUUUUUUAUUGGGACACUCCAGUUAUCUUGGUGCUGUCUUUUCUACCAGGGAGGUGCACUUGCUUCUUUACCCCUCUGGUGUAUGGAGUGGAGAGACACAAGAAGUCCUUUGGGUCUUUGCACUGGCUUAGCUGCCCCUGUGCUGAGAGCUGGCCUAAGCACGUUGUUUCAUGACUGAAACCACGUGGCCUUUCGGGGACUGCUCUCAGCCACCUGCUCCAAAGGCAACAGGGUGUUCUUGCCUUCUCCCAGGGAAGCCAAGGGCACUGCUGGAAGGCAGGCAGCAUAUCCAUGCUGCCCAGCUGCUGGGCUGACCCACAGGAGACAGGGUAGUUGCCAAGUCUGUUGCUGGCAGUUUGCAGCACCUCUCCGAGCUUUGGUUUCUCCCUGUGUAAAACAGGGAUAUUUUACGUGCUGCUGUAAAAAUAUUUACAGAUCUAGAAAUAGGGUUCAACAGCCUGCAUCGCCAGUGCAUGGCAGCUCUUGUUGCAGCAGAAAGAGAAUGUAACCUUGAUUUUCUGGGCAAGGGUAGGUUUGUGUGUUUUGUUGGACCCAGGAUGCUGUUGCUGGUGAGGAGGCUGAAGUGCCCAUGAACCCCAAGGUUGGUUGUAUGUCAGGAGUGCAGCUGCAGUGGUGAGGACAGCCCUCUUUGAGAGUCAGGGACAAACCAGCCCCCAGUACAGCACAAGGCAAGGUGACUUGCCAAAGGCAACUUGCUUUGAUACGUCUCGGUACUUUAGAGUAUUUAAUCAGCAAAAGGUUGUCUCUGAGCAUUUGGAAAUAAGAAUGCAGUAGGUUUUUGAUGAUAUUAAUUAUUGCCUGGUGGCAAGAAGCAACAGGCUGUUCUCUUGUUGCAUUCCCAAAGGCCGUGUAGUGUAGAGUGAAUUUUUGUGAUGCAGACUGCAGCAAACUGAUUGUGCAUCUGAACCACAGUGGUGGUUGGACCCCAGGGCCUGCUGAACACUGUCUGAAAGCAGAGUCCUGUAGAAAUGAAGCCCCCUGGAAUGAUGCCCUGGGAAGAGCAACUGACUGCUUCAGAGAGGCCAAGGAACUCAGCAGGAGAUUUUUUUUAGCAAAGGCAGCAGAGUGGGCCUCCUUGCCUGCUGCUCCCACCCCACAGGUUUUACACAGUAACGUGUACGUAGGCAUAUGCUGUGUGUUGCACGGGAUACAACAUCCUUGUUCAAGCUUCCUGCCCUAUUUUACACUUGGUUAAAAGCUUACAGUGUGAGACUUAACUCAUGAGAACCUGCUUGUCACGGCCAUGCCCAGGCAGGUCAUCAUUGUCCAUCAUGGAAUGUGUCUCUGCCUUCUGCCAUCAGACACACAAGAAUAUUGAGCUGUUUUAAAUAGCAGCUGCAGUCAUUUUUGUCCUGUUUGUCCAAAUGAUGCUGUCUGGAUGUUUAAAAUGUGCAACAUUCAGCUGUCUGCCAGACAGGAUCAUUAAUAUCCCACACCCUGGUGUGCUGGAAGCCUGUGCUAGUGGGAAGAUCCUGAUACUGGAUCUCAAGGCAGGGCCCUUGAGAUGUUCUCUCCUGUGAGAUGCUCUCUCCUGUAAUGUUUCUAGACAUUAAGUAUCAGAUCAAGGCACUGCUCCAUGCAGGGCUAAUGAGGGCAAAUGAAAAGUGUUCCCAUCUGAAGGCUGCAGGACCGAGGGCUUCAAAUCAGUUCCUUCCUCAUUUGCUAGAAGACACCUGGGCAUUGGGCUGAGAAUGGGAGAAAAUGCUUGUUCCUAGGAACACUGGCUGUGCUGCUGGGCCUCACAGGUAGAGCUCUCCAUACAGCAAGGGCAGAUUGUGAAAGACCUACUAGCUUAACUAGAAAGAAAUCAGAGCUGAAACGUGAAGGGGAACCUCUUCCAAAGCUCAUCCGUCAUCACCUCCGUUCCACAGGAUAGUCACUUGUAUGGGUACCCUCUAACUGUUCUCAAGCAAUGGUUUACAGCUUUAUUUAAAACAUGGUCAUGGCCUUCAUUAACUGUAAGUCUUUGGCCCUCUUGCUGAGGGGAAGACGCCUCAUGCCACAUCUUCUUGAGCUGCUGUUUGUUGCUUGGCUGCUCCUUGUUGGCUUUGCUCUACACCCUCCUUUCAGCUUCAGGUGCAGGUGAUGCUCAGGGUGAGACUGUUGCUUCACUCCCAUGCUGCUUAGCAGGAGAUUUGAGAUGUGACUGAAAUUACCUUUCUGCUUAUGAAUUUCCUCUUCCAAGCCAAAUGCUCUUGGAGGAGGCCUCAGGUAUCUGUCACGAAUGUACCAGCUGUUACUUCUACCACAAAUUUAGUGCUAUGAACAGAGAAUAAUCUGGUGUGCUCCACUGAAACCAGACAUUUCUGCCCUUUUCUGCUUUCUGAAGUGGUGUGUGGUUUGGGGUACAAGGCAAGCUUCUUGAUAUGCAAUCUUCUGAAAAGCUGGGGAGGAGAGCGAGUCUCUGAGUCUGUGGUUCCCUGCUGGCCUGAACUGCUUUGGUCCUUCCCCUGACUGCUGUUGCAACUCUCCCCUUGUGCUGCCACUGGUGUUUGUUGCAUCCCACGCUGGUCAGUGUGCUACCUGUGCAGAGGAGGUUUGCUUUGUUCUCUCUGUUUUUGUAACUGAAUGCACUGACAGGGUGCUAAAGUGCCAACCUAUCUGCAGGGCAACUUCUGUGAAGAUCUGGUGAAGGGGACAGAAAAGACUUUUCAGGGUUUUUUUUUAAGUAAAUGUAUUUUAAAUUAAGUAUACUGAAAUAUUUAAAGUGUGUUUAUCCCUCCUCUAAGCUUUUACACAGAAAGUGUAGAAAUACAUGUUUUCUCAAGCCUGUAUGAGCCAGCCCCUCUCUCUGACUGUGUGCCAGUGGUUUCCUGAGGUACCACUGCAAUGUCCCUGCUGUUCCCAAGCUGCCAGGGUGUAUUUUGAUUCCCAGCGUUGUGGCUGAACGCUCCAUGGUUUAUGGGUGUUUAUCCUGUUUGCACAUUUGCUGUCUGUUCAGCUCCCUACAUGCUUACAUGUUCCACAGCUCCAGCAGUAAAACGUUUGGUGUGGCUCUUUCCCAA